AUGUUUAAAAAGCUAUUUCUCGUCGACGAGACAAGUCUCGAAUUGAUCAAGCGACGCAAAGAACCGAAAUUGAUUGAUUACGAAACGUUGUACGACGCGUUGAUGACCGAGGAGCCCCAACCGUCGCCGCCGCCGCCGCCGCCGCCGCCGUCCGUGGGACCGGAAACGUUACCGCCACACCCACCAGAGCCGCGAGCGAAAACGCUGGAGUUGAUAUCGAAGCCACACCCACCGGAGCCGCGGGUGAAAACGUCGGAGUUGAUAUCGAAGCCACACCCACCGGAGCCGCGGGUGAAAACGCCGGAGUUGAUAUCGAAGCCGUCGCCGGAGAGCACGCGCACGGAGCCACGCUGGAAGCCACGCCCACAGCCACAGCGCUCGGAGAGACCUGUGACUCGCCGCCAGACGCAACAAAAAAUCAAAUCGGAUAUUAUCAAAAAGAUCGACAAGCUACCGAUUGGGUUGAGAGAUCGUGCCAAAAAGCUUUUCAAAACGAUUCAAAAUUCUGGCAAAAUCGAUAUGAAGGAUUCGGGCGUGUUUUUCAAUAAAAAACGAAUCGGUGACGAUCUGUUCUCUCUGAUCUUAAACUAUAUAAACCCCGAGGAUUCGCUGCAGAUCGACGAUAAGCCGUUCAAAUCGGCUCUACGCGACAUCAGCUCGAAAAAGUGGAAUAAACUCGACUUUUGA